UUGCAGUGAGGAAUCUAAUCCAACGAAACAAAUGUAACUUUAACUCCUGCAAUCAACUGUAAAAGUCGAAACUCUGUAGCGACAGCGACAGCGACCCGGACCAAUUUGGUACUCUGCUUUUUUUACUUUCCCUUUUAUCGUACGCCGCCCUCCCCACCAAAAUAGUAAAAACUCCUCACCCAAUCUGAGGGCGCCACGUCAUCGUCCCCUUCUCUUCAAAGGACGCCCGGAAAACACCAAAUUAAUCAGAGCCUCCCAAUUCAGCCCCUCUCUGUCUGUCUCUCUCUGUGCAACAAAGAGCUCUCGGACGAGGCUUUCCGCGCUCGAUUGUUCUUGACUCUUCUGUACGGGUUAUUUCGGGUGAACGAGAUGAGACGCUCCGCCACUAAAGCAGCUAACAAGGAGUUGGAACGGAUUGAUGCCGUCUUUAAUUCAUAUGCAAAUGCGUCUUCUGGUUUGAUUGACCCUGAGGGAAUCGAACGUCUUUGUUCAGAUUUGGAAGUUGACCAUACGGAUGUAAGGGUCUUGAUGCUUGCCUGGAAAAUGAAAGCUGAAAAACAAGGAUACUUCACCCUGGAAGAGUGGCGAGUAGGACUUAAAGCACUGAGGGUGGACAAUGUAAGUAAAUUAAAGAAGGCACUCCCAGAGCUAGAGAAAGAGGUCAGGAGGCCAUCAAACUUUGUGGAUUUCUAUUCCUAUGCAUUCCGAUAUUGUUUAACGGAGGAGAAACAGAAGAGCAUAGAUAUAGACAGCAUAUGCGAGUUAUUAAAUAUUGUUCUAGGAUCGCAAUACCAUUCGCAGGUUGACUUAUUUACUCAGUAUCUAAAGAUUCAGAAUGAUUACAAAGUCAUAAAUAUGGAUCAGUGGAUGGGCUUUUACCGGUUUUGCGAUGAGAUAAGUUUUCCAGACCUUAGCAACUACAACCCUGAACUUGCAUGGCCUUUGAUCCUCGACAAUUUUGUUGAAUGGAUACGAGAAAAGCAGAGCCAGAGCUGAUAAUUUACAGUGAACCUGAGUCUCUGCUGUAAACCCUACAAUUGUUGGACAGUUUAGACAACACAAUCAAAUGGCCUCAGGAAUUUACUUUUGCUCAUUUUCUUUUCUUGCAAAUAUAGGAUUUACCCUUUGGAAAUUGCAUGUUUGUGAUAUGAAUAUAGUUCCGAAAGUCGGGCGAAUGUUAUAGCACAGCUUCCAUAGUUUACUCUGUUUAAUAUCCAAUUAAUGCUGUAAGUUACUUGAGGUGAUCGAGUUGAGGCCAUUGAAUUAUGCUCUUUUAGUGUGGAGAGAUUUUAUCAUGAAUGUGUUUGAUAGAAUAAAAGCACUUGUGAAAAUU